GCCCUGUAAACUAGUAUUGGUUGCAGCAUCACAUAUUUGCCGCGCGAGAUGAUAAUCCCAAAUCUCUCUCUUUCCCUCUCUCUCUCUCUCUCUCUCUCUCUCUCUCUCUCUCUCUUUCUCUCUCGCUCUCUGUCUCUCUUCCAACAGUUUCAUUUAACGUUGAUGUCCUCUGCUGAUCAGAAGAUGUGCAGUGUGGUAUCAGGAGAUUACGUCUCUUCUUAUUUUCCCGAGGUUUUCCCCACCGCUCCUAUAUGGUGCCUCGAGACAACUGGACCGGUUAGGCAGCUUUCGGUAUAGCGCGUACAACGAAACCUGAACAUAACCGUGCCAACGGGCUUACGAAACGCACUAGCGCUUGUGGCAGACAUACAGAACGUCAGUGCGUUCGAGCAGUUUCGGUGUUUGUUUUCAUCGCUUAAACGCGCAGCAUCCUUGUCCCGUCUCGAGGUUUUAAUCCCGUCUCGCCACGCAAUGUCACCACACACGGGAUGGUUCAUGCUGGUGCUGCUGUACGUCAUCGGAUCAUCUGUGGCAUUAAACCUACAAGAUGAAUGUCAAACACCGGACGGUAAGGAGGGCACAUGUGUGCUGAUACGUUCGUGCCUCUCCAUCCGGAAGCUGCUGCUGUUGAAGGAAAAAAUGACUCCGGAGGAUCGGACCUUUGUCAGAAAUUCGAACUGUGGCCAGCAGGGUCGUUCGGUGCUUGUAUGCUGUCCGCUCGUCCGCAAGCUGACCGGAAGAUUUGACGCACCGGUUGAGCUACCGCCACCGGGUGAGUGUGGUAAAAUGCAGUCGGACCGUAUCGUCGGUGGUGAGACGGCCUCACUAGAUGCUUAUCCUUGGCUGACAAGGAUUCAGUACUACAAAGGCAACAAUCGGUACGGAUUUCACUGCGGUGGCGUGCUUAUCCACAAUCAGUACGUUCUAACGGCUGCUCAUUGCAUUGAAGGCGUACCAUCUAGCUGGAUCGUUUAUCAGGUCCGGCUGGGCGAGUACGAUACAACAACUGAUAUUGACUGUGUUAACGAUGACUGUGCAGACCCGGUGCGAGAUGUACUGAUCAGUGCGUAUGUAGUACACCCGGAAUACUACAAACAAAACGGUGCCGAUUACAACGAUAUCGCACUACUGCAACUCGCGGAAACGAUCGAAUUCACAGACUUUAUACGCCCGAUCUGUUUACCGGUUACGCAGGAAAGCCGCGAAGCCAAUCUGACCGGCAAGUACGCAACCGUCGCCGGCUGGGGACAAACGGAAAACAGUACUUCGAGCACGAAAAAGUUGCAUCUGCGUGUGCCCAUCGUUGAUAACGAAGCGUGUGCCGAUGCGUUCAGCGCGAUACGGUUGGAAAUUAUUUCCACCCAGCUUUGUGCCGGCGGGGAGAAGGGCAAGGAUUCGUGCCGUGGUGACUCUGGCGGACCCCUGAUGCGAUACGGUGAUGGUCGAUCAUCGGUCAAGUACUGGUACCUUCUCGGUGUGGUGAGUUUCGGUCUCGAACAAUGUGGUACGGACGGUGUACCCGGGGUCUACACACGCAUGAGCGAAUACAUGGACUGGGUGUUGGAGACGAUGUUUUGUCUUUUUCUCAGUAUUCGCAUACCUGUUGCCAUCACCAAGUUCCAGAAGAUGUUUAAUUAUCAAUUCCAUUCCAAUCAGAACCAGUGCCGGACACCGGACCAGAAGGGUGGAAUUUGUGUAAGGGUGGAUCAGUGCCCGUUGAUCCAGCGUCUGCUGAAUCAACCGCUUCUGACGGCGAACAUCGUACGCUACCUCGAAGCCAGCCGUUGCGGGAUUCUCGACAAGAAAGUGCUAGUGUGCUGUGAAGUUACCGGAACUACCGUUCCGGCCACAACGAACUUGCCGUCCGUGCAAACACAACCAUCAGUAGGUCCACCCGUUGCGAACAGAUUGUCGUACGAGGAAAAGCUUAAGCUACUGCCGGAAGAGUGUGGCAUUCAGUAUACGGAUCGCAUCAUCGGGGGUGAACGAGCACAAAUCGAUGAAUAUCCCUGGACUGCUCGGAUCCAGCAUCGGCGUAGAAACGGUGAUCUUAAAUUCCACUGUGGUGGAGCACUUAUAAACGAACGCUACGUACUGACUGCGGGACACUGUAUUAAUAUUCACCAAAGCUGGACAUUGACGGCCGUCCGUUUAGGUGAGUGGGACACCGAGUCGGAUAGGGAUUGCGGCAUAUCCCAUGGCGAAACAGUUUGUGCCGAUCCCGUUCAGGAUAUUGCAAUCGAGAAAGUGGUAGUACAUCCCAAAUACUCCGUCAGUACGUCGUCAGUAAAGAACGAUAUAGCACAAAUACGUCUUGCCCGCAUUGUACAGUUUAAUGAUUACGUACAGCCCAUUUGCUUACCAAUACAACCCGCAGAGCGUAUGAAGUCUUACGAUGGAAUGCGAUUCGUUGUAGCUGGUUGGGGUCAAACGGAGGAAGAAUUGCAAAGUCGCUAUAAACUAUUCGUUGGAGUUUCUGGCGUUUCCGAGCAACAGUGCAGACAGCAGUAUCCGGGAGCCAAUAUCGACCAGACGCAGGUGUGCGCAGGUGGAACUGCGAAUAAAGAUUCCUGUCGUGGGGAUUCCGGUGGACCGCUCAUGUACGUUGGGCAGCGCAACUUUGAAGGCGUACUGUAUCUUGGCGGUGUGGUUAGCUUUGGCCGAAAGUGCGGACUCGAGGGCGUGCCGGGAGUGUACACACGGGUCAGCCAGUACAUUGACUGGAUCAUGGGGAAGAUCCAAUCGCUUAGUGCGAUGGGUUGGGAGAGUUUCAGCACAGCAAUAUCAUUCCGCCGACCGGUAUAUGCGUCGUGCAGCAUAACCUGCGUCACUGCGAUAUCGUACGGUGGUUCGGCACACACGAGAUCGUCACUGUCUGGGGACAUAAUACAAUCCACCGCAGAUUCUAGAUCCCAUUCACCAAGUCGCACUGUUAGGCUAAGAUAGAUGUAGAAGCGUUACGAAUACGUUGCAAAUAAACUACACCAAAGCUAGUAGCAUACCUUGACCACGA